AUGUACACCAUCUGUUCGGUAUUUCUAGUGGUUGUGGGUGUCCUGUAUGUGUGCGGCAAUGGUGGCACCCACAGCCAGCACACAGAGAGCGAGCUCCUGGUGCGCAAGGCCCGUUGGCUGCCGCUGAUCUUUCCGCGAGCCAACCCCACAAGAAUGCAAAUGAUCGUUGGCUUUGGCAUACCCGUGGAGGACCUCGUGAUAGAAUCUGUGCUCACGGGCUAUGUGUUCAAGGCGCAGUACUAUUUGCCCUAUUCGGCCAAACAGUUGAGGAUCAAGGAGGUCCAUGACAUCACUGCCCGCAGACUGCCGGAGAACGCCACCAUCUUCCAGAAGAUCAUGCAGAAAACGGACGAAGAGCUGGGCGUGUCCUCGUGGGACAUGGAGGAGAAUGUCCAGGCCCUGGCCACCUAUCGCUGGUCGGUGUACGAGGCCUUCCAGGCCCUGGCCAUUCGCAUGAACCUCACUGGCCGCGAGUGCGUACUGAAGAGCAUCUGCGAGAGUGCGGCGGCUCCGUUCGACGAAAGGAAUGGCCUGCUGGGCGAGCUGCUCCACAUUCUGCUCACACCCUCCAGCUCUGUGGAUCCCCUGUCGGAGCAUUCGGACAAUGAUUAUCUGCAGGCGGAGCGCCUCGGCGAAGCCGGCACUGAUUGCGAUCAGGUAUUCCAGAGGUGCCCCAAAUCAUUGCUGCAGCACUUUAGCGAUGUCCAUCAUUUGGGCAGCGAGUUCCUGAAAAUGCUGCGCUGA